CACUGGACUGGGCUGGAGGAUGAAGAAUUAAAAACUUGGCUUCUGCAAAAAACGAUAUCGCUCGAAUUGCAAGAAUGCGAAUCUCAAAAAUAUGGUACGAGGAUCAUCCUCUCCACUUCCUCGUUCGAGAUGAUGGCUCCACCGCUUAAUGCAAACCCCGCAGUCAUAAGCCCCACCACGACGUCAUUUCUAACAACGACCCCGGAUUCAGUGGGAGCUAACGGGUACUCCACCAUGAACUGCCGGCUUGAUGCAUCGUGAAGACGACGAGAAUUAUUCAGGAGAAGGACGGGCACCGUCUUAGUCAAGUCAGAUAGCUGACCAGGCUUCUUGACAAAACAGCGACAGCCGUUGGAGCGACGAUGUACUGCUGACUCGUUAAAAAAAUCUGUUCAAGGUUCCUGUAUAGCAGGAUGGGCAACACUGCAUGAUACCAAACUCGAGGUGUUAGGAAUAAAGGGUGUUAAACAGUUUUGACAAGUCAGUUUCUCCGCCUCGCGAUAUCGACAAUGUCAUUGACAAUGGAAAAAAUUCAAUAAGAGUGUGAUGGAUAAUUGGUAAUAAGAGGUGUUGGAACAGACCCACAUCGGUGAGCUCGGUGAGGAGGAAGCCACGGUGAGAUUUAUGCCCCGCAUCACGUGAAGCUUGAUGACAGCUCUGGUACCCCACUAACCACCAACAUCAGUUUGCGACAGGUUUGAUGGACGCUGGAGAAGGCUGGAGAAGGUGACGCGACGCGAAAAGAACACUUUGUCCGGAGGACCAUAGAUUCAGCAGCGACAAAUAAUAUCUUCAGUUCCACUGCCAAUCUACCUCCAAUUGCAUUCGCCCCAAGCAAAUACCGUCGAACUGCCCCUCUUUCGCAGUUCGAACUUCCCAGUGACUCAAUCGGCGAGCUUCGACCAUAUUUCCAACGCCCCCAACCCACAACAACCGUCGACACCAUAAAGCGAGAUUCCACACACGCACGAUCUGUUGAAUUAUUUUAUCUCAGUACUUGAACCACCAAAGUACGAUUAAGUCUCUCAACCAUGGGACUGGGUACACCAAAAGCUGGCUUUGGGGGAUUCGGAGGGGUCGCAUCAUCUUCGCCAACACUGUCCUAUCUUACACCUCCACCCGACUUCUCGGAAAUCCCAUUAGAGGUAGUUGUGUCCUUUAAGAGCCUGUUGAAGAAGGCAAGCGCCACCAAAGAGAAGGCGUUGCAAGACAUCCUAGCACAUGAGCAAAACCGGUCCUCUGACACCAAUGGCCCAGAGGAGUCAGUAAUACAAGCAUUUGUCCAACUCUACCCUCGGCUAUCCAUCGAUGACUCUGCACGAGUACGCGAGCUUUCCCACCAAGUCCUGAUCCAGCUGCUCAACUCCGCAAAGAAGCGCAUCGCGAAACACCUUCCACUGUUCGUAGGACCUUGGCUGGCUGGGACAUUUGACAGAGACAGGCGCGUCUCCAAAGCCGCGAGCGAGGGGCUUGCUUCAUUUCUACAAACAAAAGAGAAAGAGGAGGCUUUUUGGAAGUCUGUUCAAGUCCGAGCCCUGGACUAUGCGACGACUUCUUUGAAGGAAACGCCCACGUCGCUCAGUGAUGAACGCUCGACAACCAAACAAGACUCUGAUGCCAAGUACUACCGAGUAGUUGGCGCAAGUGUUUGCUUGACACUGAAUCUGUUGGCAAAAGGAGAACUUGAUGCUCUGAAGGAUGGCAUUGCGGUGUACCUAGAGGUCGAUGCGCUCUGGUCUUUGGCCAAAGCGGAAGAUCCAUUUGUACGGCGGUCAUUCUAUCAUUUAAUUCGAUCAAUCCUGGACAUAGCCCCUGAGCUCUUGAAACCAAGACUGCAACAGUUGGGACGGGCGUUGAUCGCAGACAGCUUCAAAGGCAACCAAUCUGGGUCGGCAACAGACUUUCUCAAGGCGCUGACAGCUUUGACCCGCCAAUAUUCCCAAGUAUGGGGCACACAGCAACACCCCGUUCAGAGGCUGGAGAAGUUUGUCUCCCGUGGUUCACAAGGUGGAUCUGAUGAGUACUGGCGCGCUUCAAGCCAGCUCCUGUCGGUGCUGACAGACAAGUUCCCGUCACCGUCCUUGGACAUCGUGUCCGCGCUUCUGGGCUCCAUUAGAAAGGGAAUAUUUGAUCGGCUGGAAACCCGUUCUGGUCGCCAACAGGCGUUUGACAUGUAUGCACACGCUGUCGAACUUUACCUACCAGCACUUGUACCGAACGCCGAGUUUCUGAAGGACAACGUCUCGUCUCUCACGCGACAGUUCUUGCACCCAAAUCCUGAAGUCUCUACACCAUCUCCACAACAGCCUAACAUUCUUGUUCAGCUUUGGCAAGCUUUGGUUCGGCACCCCGGUAGUGAAGUCCGCCAGACCGCGGAAUUACAGUGGCAAAAUAUUGUCGACGAGUUCCUCUCGAGAGUAUCGAAUUCCCUGCCUGAGGUCUCAGAACGGUACCAAGCCUCUCAGCUUGCAGUAGCAGCGGAAGGGGAACGAUGGUUUUCUGUACUCUCCAGGUUUUCCAAAGCUGCAUCCCUCCAUGACCUUGCCGUCUCUUCGUCGACCAGGAUCAUACAAAGCGCUUUGGAUUUGCUGCUCAGGCGAAACUUCAAGCCCUUUGGGUGUGCCGCCAUCUUGCAGUCGGCAUAUCGACAUUGCCCUGACAUUUACCGUGGCAUCGACACGACAUCCAUGAUCUUCCCAGCGAACGGAAACGAGCAUGCGCGAACUUUGGUCACAACCCCUUCACUGCCUUACAUCAUUUCCGACCUCCAUGAAACAGCCGGCGAUCGUUUUGAAGAGAUUUGGGGCCUGCUUUUUGCGGCUUCUACCCAGAUAUCGGAUCGCGGAGCAAGCAUUUCGGCAGUCAAAACUUUGGUCUCGAUACCCUCCACGUUCAAGUUUGUCCAGGACCUCCCUCAAGCCCAGCAGUUCCUCAUCUCAGUGUGGUCAGAGUUUGCGAAAUCUGAUGAUUUGGGUGCUCCUUGGGCCCAGCUAGCAGAAACCUCUUUAGACUUCAAUACUUUGACAGUCGAGUCCAUCAAAACAAUUACUACCACCGUAAUCGGCCUAUUGGAGGAGCCAUCGUCCCGUGCACCUGCACUUCAGGCCCUAGACUUGGUCCUUACACAUGCGCCUGAGAGCUCCAUCAUUGACGACGAUCUAUCGGUGCGCCUCAUCACUACUUUGCUUGCCCUCACCGAGAUUUCCGAUACACCUAUCGCCGAGAAGGCCAAAGGAUUGUUCCAGUUGAUACAGCAUCGGCCAACAGAGUCUCCACCACUUUUCAGAAUCCUCGCCAGCCAGCUCCAUGAAGCAGGUCCUGCAUCUCUUGACAUCGACACAUUGGUUGCUCAAGCGGUUGCCGCUGUCCAGUCCAAGGUCCUUCCGGCCGAGGAUGUUUUUCCAAGUACUGUGGCCUGGCAAACCGAGCUCUCCUGGUUCCUCAACACCCCCAAUCCGUCUUUGUCGUUGACCAGCAGUAUGGAUGGAUCGUACUUCCUCGUCCAGGGCAGCGAAAGUACGAACAAGCCGUCACCAGGUCGGGAUAGCAAAGGCCGUUCUUCCCCUGCAAGAAUGGCACUUUUCACGGCGAAGUUGCUAUCAUCCGGUGUCGAGCUCUCGUCUUUGCCUCUGGAGUUUCAGCUGGAACUGAUCUAUCUCCUCUGCGUGACUAACAUGCUCGCGGCCGAUCAGCUCGCACUGUCGGAGGAAAACCGGCUAUGGAGGAACAUCCGUGGUCAAGAUACCGAUGACGAGAUUCUGGAGUACACAGAACUUGCCUCAAAUGAGGUCAGCAACAUUGUUGCUGCAUCUGUGAACUGGCGAGACCUUGACAUGUCAGGAGACAGCCUGGUAGAACGACUUGUCAACUUCAUGCUCCAGACAGCCCGGGGCUUCAAUGCUGCUGCCUUUUACACUGCCAAGGCUCUCGCUGCUCUCCUUCAAGCACUGGUCAAGGCUCAUGGACCUUUGGCUAAGUUGGAGAAAUGGCUGACCAAACUCGGCCUUUCCCGCGUCACACCUGACUCGACGUUUGUUGCAGCCGCUAUACUUGUCGGUCUGAAUGAUGCAUUGGCUCCUUCCAAGACCAUCAGCACACUCUGUGCUCGCCUGUUCAGUGAGAUCCCAGGAUACUCCAUUGGAUCUCCCCGCACACUUCCAUCGUUGGUCUUGCUGAAUCUUUGCCUGGCUGUCUAUGAUGAGAGUCAAAUACCAGUGGAGCCACGCAAACAGGUUCUCGUGUUGCAGCAGGUGACCAAGUGGACCGACUCCCCAGAGGAGAUGGACUACAGGCUUGCGGCUGAGACCUGCAAAGCCAUAACUAAGAUCUUCCCCAAUGUCAAGGAGGUUUACGGACCAUUUUGGGAGAAGUCAAUUCAUUACUGUCUUUGGCUGUGGGGUCAGGCUGCGCGCGAUGAUACCAGCAAUCGCCUCCCGUACAUCUACGCAUCGCUCAAGCUGAUGCAAGCGCUAAAAUCGGCUGGGGAGGUCAACGAUGACCUUGAGGAUGCACUUGCAGAAAAUAAAAGGGCCGAGUCCGAUGCCCUGAUCGCCCUCCUGAGUGUACCGCACGAUGCGCCAGCCACACUGCCUAGUCAGCUUGUUGAUGCACUCUUAUCGCGGACGGUUUCGAAGAUCCCCAACGUCAAGCUUGGCGAACUAUCCGACGUUUACCAGGCAGUUGCGUCACCGUCUAGAGAUAUCCAAAAGGCUGCGUUUGGCCUUCUCCAUCGGACUAUCCCCGCAGCCCAGGAAGAAAUCAGCGUUAAUGUCAUCAUUGAGAAGAAGCCUGCCAAUCUUCCCGCUGAGCUUCUGUCGCUGCUCCUCAACGCACCGAGCCCCGAUGACUAUACGGAUGAAGAGCUUUACCAGUUUCCAGCACCAGUCCGAUCUUACCUUCUAACAUGGCAUCUAGUCUUUGAUGCGUACAGCAAGGCUUCAUACCGGGUUCGCAGCGACUACACCGAGAAUCUCAAGAAGGAUGAUCUCAUCAGUCCACUACUGGGCUUCUUGGCCGACGUCCUUGGUCAUGCUCUGGCCAGGGCCAUUGACCUUGACAAAGAAGGCUUCACGCCCGAGCAUGUCCGCUCCUACAGCAUCGACUUGGCUGACUCGGAACCUGCUGAGCGUGAUAUGAACUGGUUACUCAUCCACCUGUUCUACCUGAUCCUGAAGUAUGUUCCUGGUCUGUUCAAGUCAUGGUAUCUUGACUGCUCUUCCAAGCAGACCAAGGUCGCGAUUCAGUCGUGGAUGGGUCGGUUCUUCUCGCCGUUGAUCAUUUCCGACCUGUUGGAUGAAGUGACUGAGUGGUCUGCCAACCAAGGCGACCUCGAAGGGGGGACAGAUGCGGAAGCCCUCGAGAUCAAGGUUAACAAGCCUGUCCGAGAGAUCACUGCCUCGUACCCGGUGGAUGACGACUUUGGCACGAUUCAGAUCGUCGUGCCUCAGUCGUACCCGUUGGAGCCUGUCGAUGUCAUGAGCGUCAAGCGCGUGGCUAUCAAGGAGGACAAGUGGCAGUCUUGGUUGAAGGGCAUCAAAGCUGUCAUUAUGUUUGGCAACUGUAGCUUGGUGGAUGGAUUGAUGGCGUUCCGGCGAAAUAUCUCGCUUGCGGUGAAGGACCAGGAGGAGUGCGCGAUUUGCUACUCGAUCGUGGCGCAGGACAAGAGCUUGCCGGACAAGAAGUGCGGGACGUGCAAUCACUACUUUCAUCGGUAUUGUUUGUACAAGUGGUUCCAUAACAGCGGGAAGAAUACUUGCCCGCUAUGCAGGAAUCCGAUUGACUAUUUGGGGUCGGAUACUUCGAAGAGGAAGGGGGGGAGGUAGAUGUGGGUGUUGGGGAAUUGUGGAGGUACCUUGUGGUGAAACGAAUGUAGAAAGAAUUGAGGGAUAUAUUUACAGAAGUAUGAGGGUGAUCAAUGGUGGACGUGAUGAACAUGGAG